GCCUCGUCGCCUUCCCUUUCACUAAACUUCAGACGCAACUUCAGUCGCAGCCAUGGCACAGGUCGGAAAGGUCGCGUCACGCUUCGCUGGCCAGGUCCUCAGCCGGUCUUUCAUCCCGAGGACGACCGUCGCAGCAAGACAAGUGGGGACUACGAGCAAGCGUGAUGGAGAGCCCUCGGCUGACGCCCAGGAAGAGGUGGUGCCGUACCGUCCCACAACCUGCCAGGCACCAACCAUGAUGGACAUUGGCACCAGAUCCAUCUUCAAUGAAGACCAUGACAUCUUCAGAUCCUCAGUCAGAAAAUUCUUCAAUGAGGAAGUUCUGCCUUACCAUGCUCAGUGGGAAAAAGAUGGCCAGAUCUCUCGUGAAUGUUGGCUGAAGGCUGGUGAGCAGGGUCUUCUCGGAACUGACACUCCUGAUCAGUUUGGAGGCAUUGGAGGUGACUUCAAAGAUGCAGCUAUCAUUAUGGAAGAACAAUCAUAUGUCAACUGCUCCGGUCCAGGUUUUGCUCUUCAUUCUCAGAUUGUGAUGCCAUACAUUACACACUAUGGUACCCAAGAGCAAAUCGACAAAUACAUCCCUGACAUGGUGGCCGGGAAGAAGAUCGGAGCCAUUGCCAUGACUGAACCAGGUGCCGGAAGUGACUUGCAAGGAGUCCGUACGAAUGCACGAAGGGAUGGUGACGACUGGAUUCUGAACGGCUCGAAGACUUUCAUCACCAAUGGCUACAUGAGUGAUGUGGUCCUUGUGGUAGCUGUGACCAACCCAAAUGCCAAGGCUGCAGCUCAUGGUAUUUCACUGUUCUUGGUGGAUGAAGGGAUGGAAGGCUUCAGGAAGGGACGUAAGCUCGAGAAAAUGGGCAUGAAGGCUCAGGAUACUGCUGAACUGUUCUUUGAUGAUGUACGUCUCCCAGCUUCUGCCCUCUUGGGAAAGGAGAACCAUGGCUUCUAUUACCUAAUGAAUGAACUUCCUCAGGAACGUCUUCUCAUUGGUAUUAUGUCCUGUGCCAAUGCUGAGUGGCAGUUUGAAGAAACCCGUGCCUACCUGCGCUCAAGAAAGGCCUUCGGAAAGACCCUCUCAAACCUCCAGACAAUUCAGCAUAAAUUGGCCGAGAUAAAGACUGAUGUCUGUGUUGCCCGUGCCUUUACCGAUCAGUGCAUUGACCUUCAUAAUGUGGGCAAGCUUGAUGGCAGCAUGGCAUCCAUGAACAAAUAUUGGAUGUCCGAUCUGCAGAACCGCAUCGGCUACCAGUGCGUGCAGCUCCACGGCGGCUGGGGCUACAUGUGGGAGUACCCGAUCGCCAAGUCCUACGUCGACGCCAAGGUGCAGACCAUCUACGGCGGCUCCAACGAGAUCAUGAAGGAGCUCAUCGCCCGCCAGAUCGUGUCCGACAAGAGGGUCUAGAAAAGCCUGCGCUGACGAAGGCCGAGCGGGAGGACGAGGACGACAGUGGUUCGGCGCAGGAGCGACGCCGCGACGAGAUAUUCGCCCGGGGUGGG